AUGGCCUCGACAUCGCCAGUGGAGGAGAUGAUUGACCAGGAGGACUGGAGUCACAUCUCGGAACCGGCCUUGCGCAAACGCAUCCAGAACCGCAAUUCCCAACGCAAGCUACGCGCAAAGCGCAAAAUGCAGAACCAGCCCAUCUCCUUUGACAUCAUGACAUCCACGUCAGGUUUAGAGAUAGACCUGGACAAUUCGGGGGCGCCUGUGGCAGAUGACUUCCUCUUCGACGGGCUCAUUGACCCCCUCAACCCGCUGUCUCCCUCACUAGAUCUCGAUUUGAUGACAUCGCCACCGCUCGAUGUCCACAGCUCUUCCACCCUCGACUUCAGUGCGCUAGAUACCCCCUCCUGGACUGAAGCUCCCAAUCCCGAAUACUUGGCUGUUGGGACGGGAGGGAUUGACGAAGGGGCCUUGAUACUAGACCCUGCUCUGGUCUCCGAUGUCUCCACUCCUGGCCCCGGGGUAGACACGAGGACUGUGGGAGCCUCCACUCAAUCCAGCAAUGACAUCCACAUCUAUAUUCACCAUGACUGUCCAAGCCCCCUGCUUCCCAAUACCGCCAAUCAGCAGCCGCUGCCGUCGUCGCUGGGGCCGUCCGCGGCCCGUCGAUCCCGCUGGGGCACCCGCAUUUUUCACCUCCACAGUAACAACACAAACAACAACACCAACAACGCAGGCAGAGGUGAGAGCAGAUGUGAGAGCAGCUGUUCGGCCGCCCGGAAAAAACGCCGGGCCGCCCCGGCCCCACCACCGCCGCCACCGACAGCCCAUUUCCCGGGCACAUGCCACAAUUGCGGAUCCCUGACGGGGCCGGGGCAGCCCGACUCGCCGUAUCCCAGCAGCCACAGCCACAUCGCUCAGGUGGCUCGGAUUUUGUCCCACUCCCAUCCAGCUCUGGCCGAAAUGCUCAUGCAGCCCAAUGCUCACAUUGAAUAUGGCUAUCCUGGCUUUUCAUCAUCAUCAUCAUCAUCAUCAUCAUCUUCUUCUUCUUCUUCUUCUUCUUUCUCUGCGAUCACACCCCCCGCUGAUGAGAUGCAGAAAGGAAGAGACGCAGAGGCAGAGGCGGAGGCGGAGGCGUCGGAGGCGUCGGAUGUCCGACCACUCCAUAUUGUCAUCAAUCUCCCCCCCAGUCCUGCCGCCUAUUCCGAUUGA